GGAGGAGGACAAGGCUACAACUUUCUGGUUUUCAUAACAGCAUCUCCCUCCAGUAGGGUUGAGGCAUGGGCGGAGUUUGAGGAAACUAAAAUAAACACUGACACGCAGCAUCUUGUGAGUAUGUGCAGCCUCGGAAGGAUAGACUGCAAUAGCUAGAAGGGUAAGGACAGCUUAAAAUCUCUGGCAAGAUGAUCAAAUCCUUCAAGCAAACGUUUCUGUCCCUGGAUCUGCAGUCCCCCCGGUGGAGCUCGGCAGAGACAAUGGCAAAGGAUUAUGAACUGCGUCAGUAUGAGACGGCCAAGUGGGUCAGCACAGUCAUUAGGGGAGAGACCCAGAAGGAGGCGAUGCGCCAGGGCUUCUGGAAACUCUUCCACUACAUCCAAGGGAAGAACGAGAAAGAAACGAAGAUUGAGAUGACUGUGCCAGUGACGUGCCUGAUAAAAUCGGGCUGUGCCGACUUCAAGAUCUCUUUCUUUGUGCCAUUUGAACAUCAGGACUCCCCCCCGCAGCCCACCGACUCGGAUGUGUUUGUUGAAGAGCGGAAGGCUGCACCCAUCUUUGUCCGGUCCUUCGGUGGAUUUGCCUCCCCAGAGAAAUAUGCUGAAGAAGCUGAAGCCUUGGCCAGAAUCUUGAGAAACAGAGGCCAACCAUUCCAUGAAGACUUCUACUAUACUGCAGGCUAUGACAGUCCCUUCAAGCUCUUUAAGAGGCACAAUGAAGUGUGGUACUUUAAAAAGUAAUAUGGGGCCAGGGGAAGUACUUAAGAGGCUACUAAUCAGCUCUGGAUGAACAGACCUUAUUAAUGGCUUUUGCUUUAGUGCAGAAGAGGUUUAAUUUGCACAGGGACACAAGAUCAUGUCUAAUUCAUUUUAUCUGGGACAAAAUACUAUUCUGGCUAAAAAGAUUUCAGCCCUUUCUACAAGAUGUAAUUUGAAUUCAAGUAGAUUACACCAGCCCGAGGGGGAGGUAGACACAACAAACCUAUUCCUCUUAUUUCAAGAUUGUAGAGGAAGACUAAUAAUCUGAAAAUAUUCCCACAGAAGAGCUUGAAUGUCUAGUUUUACUUCUAAUGAGAAGUGCUACAGCAAUAGCUCAAGUGUUAUGGAGAAAGUUCUUCAUUGAGCUGACUCUUCCCAUAUUGAUCACUCCUGAGACAAGAUGGGGAAGUUAAAUGAAUUUCAGAGAAAAAAAACCCUACCACUGAUGAGUUUUGGGAAGCAACAGUACCUUAGCAGGCCCUAGCAGCUCAUAAGCAAUAACUUUUUCAACAGUAUUAAAAAUCCCCCACCUCUCCACUCAACUAUUACUUUUCCUCAUGGAAGCCGGAUCACAUCUUGCUCCAGACUAAUGCCAGUGACCAGAUUAGACUGAGAGUCCAGUGGAAGAGCAUUAGCAGCAUGCUUAUUCUGUGCACAUCAUCUGCACCUGAACCUGCAAUACCAAAUUUACUGGUAGCCUGCAAUUUUAUGAGCAAAUACACACAUAGCAGUGUUCAGCUCUCACCUACAACACACAAAUUACUACAAUUGUUCAGCUUUGUCCAAAUCUUGGUAUUGGUCAGGGUUGGCAGUUGUACCCACCCUGACAAACCAUUCCACCACAGUAUUUGCUCGUUCUGAUGAAAUAUAAAAGCAUCUGACUUUGAUUUCUGGCAAGACAUAAAAAUAUCUGCUAGUUUUGGCAAAGAUCUGCUGACUCAGGUAACCAUAACACCUGCAGAUUUCAGUCACAAUGAGGUUGCGCAACUGGCUAUUGAUACACCCACCUUUUGGUCAAAGGUCAACACUGGCCAUAUUUUCAUCAGUUCAGAUUUAACUAUGGUAUAAAUGGGGUCCUGCCAGAGCACAAACCAAGUCCAUCAUCCUCAGAGGUUUGCAGUCAGGGACUCUUCCCCUUGGGUGGGGACGCUGCCCGAGUUAACUCCUUGAGGUCGAGAGCCCUCAUCUUGAUUGGUGAGUGAAAUGCAUUUUGGAUUAGUUCCUUUCUAAAACUUAAGCUUAAUUCAGCUGUAUAGUAUUUGGUUCCACUUGGCACCUGGAACCUGCAGUUUACUAAUGUCAGAGUAUUAAAGGAUUUGUAGAGUAAAUUUCCUUUAAAGUUAUAACCUAAGUAAAUGUUGCAAGCCCCCGCAUUAAAUUGGCAUAGUAACUCAGCUGAAGGUUUUCCUUACCUUUUGUACCUAUUAGGCACAAACCAUUGACCAAAUCUGGGACUAGGAAUGCAUUCAGCUGCACCUAGACUCCUCUGAGAAGAUCACAAAACAAGGGGGUCCAUUCUGAACCUCGUCACUCAAUAGGAGGGUCUCUGACAGUUUUGCCUGACCCCAUUCUCUAUGCAUGAAAUAUCAAGUGAUCCUUGCCCUCAGGUCUCGCUAAACCACUGUCACAUUUACUAUCGAACUUUAAGUCACACUUAAGACACUUGCAGGACUAGUGUAUCUAAAUUAGUUUAGUCCCUGCUCUAAAUCAAGCAUUUAAAGCUUUUAUGAAGUAGCCUAGAGCUGUUUUCCAGCCAGCUGUUCAAGUCAGAAAGCAGUUCACAACAACAGGUAGAGUUUACAAGUAUUUAUUGGUUCCAAUCAGUACCAGGCAAACAUUACCAGUGUGGUAAGAAAACCUUGGCUUUUGUAAGUGAUGUUCAUGCCAGUGUAACCCAUUAUUCUGCAAUCUUCUACCUAUUAAGACAGACAUAAAAACCAUUAUAAGGCACCAAAACCAGCAGAAGCAGCUUGCUGGGAACAACUCAGACCUUAGAUUUUCAUCUCUGUUCAGAGAGAGAGUUCAGGAUAAGGUUAUCAUCAUUUGUUCCAGCAAAUAAAUUUAAUUACUACAAUUA